CAGCCGUUAUUUGUUUACUCUUUGGUUCUUCGCUUAUCUUGCAGACUAUUAUGGCGCCAAGGAGAACGAUCCGGGGAUCAAAGAAGCAGGAGGUAGUGAGGGAUCCGGAAGAGGCCAAACCUCAGUAUGAUCUCGUCCAGUUUCCCUAUCUUGCGACGCUUAACGACCCUCAAGCCCGAGCUGUUACCGCUACACCAAGCACUCCCCUGCAGAUCCUGGCAGGACCUGGGUCGGGAAAGACGAGGGUCUUGACAUCACGGGUAGCCUAUCUUGUCCAGCAUUAUGGGUAUCUACCGAGGGAGAUUGUCGCCGUUACAUUCACCAACAAGUCUGCAAGCGAGAUGCGCAAUCGCCUGAAGAAACUACUGGGAGAAGAGAAAGCAGGGCAGCUCAUCCUAGGCACCUUCCACUCGACUUGCGUCAAGUAUCUUCGUCGUUUCGGAAAGAUCAUCGAUCUGCCCAACAAUUUUGUCAUUGCUGACGCCGAUGACUGCAAGAAACUGAUAGCGAACAUGCUCAAGGAAAGAAAAGAUGAACUCGCCGAGAAUUCAAUGUCUAUCAAGGAAGGCGCCGUGUUGUCUGAAAUCUCCAAUGCUAAAGCCAAAGGGGAAUCUCCAGAAGAAAUGGCGGUGAGGGCGAGGAACGACAAAAAUCUAUCGACAAGCACGCUUUUGGUCAUAUCCCAGCUCUAUCAAGAAUAUCAAGUGCAACUGCGCGAGAGCAACUCGUUGGACUUUGAUGACUUGUUGGUGUAUGCGUUGAGGCUGUUUACAGAAGCUCCAAGGGUGGUUGAAGAUGUCAAACAUAUCUUGGUCGACGAGUUCCAGGACACGAAUAUCACACAAUACGAGCUAUUGAAAUGUUUCGCCAAGGCACAUAUGGGAGUCAGCGUUGUCGGAGACCCAGAUCAAUCCAUCUAUGGCUGGAGAGCAUCUGAUAUCGAAAACCUCAACAAGAUGUACAAGGACUUCCCGGGAGUGGAAGCGAUCUAUCUGGAGGAGAAUUAUCGCUCGACUGGGGCUAUAUUGGAUGCUGCCCAUGCCGUCGUAUCGCAAGAUAGUAAACGUAUCCAAAAGAGCCUUUUUACAUCCCACCCUCAGAGCACACCCGUCAUCCUCAAAACAUUCGCUACGCCCACUAUUGAAUCGAGCUUCAUCUCUUCCGAGAUCAAGCGGCUUAUUGCAUAUUCGGGAGGCAUGCUCAAGUUUGACGACUUUGCCAUUCUGCUACGAUAUAACGCCUUGUCUCGAGUGAUCGAAUCUGCCCUUCAGAAAGAUAGUGUCCCAAAUAAGAUCGUUGGCGGACACAAGUUCUUUGAACGUAUGGAGGUCAAGGAUCUCCUUGCGUACUUGCAGCUUGCCGACAAUCCUGGCUUCAAUCCUGCUUUCAUGCGAGUGAUCAAUGUCCCAAAACGAUUCAUCGGCGAAAAGGCUCUCCGCGCCAUCACCGACGGAGCAAAAAAGGACAAAAUCACCCCCAUGGAAUUAUGCGAACGCAUCACCGACGGCGACCAGCUCCCAGAAGGCAUCAAACCGAACGUUCAGAAGAACCUGGCGUCGUUCGUAGGCGCAGUGAGAAAAUUGAGGAGGGCGGCGGAGAAGGGGACGACAGUGUCUGGUUUGCUCAAGAUGGCAAUUGAGAAGACGGGGUAUGAGAAUUAUCUGAGGUCUUCUCAGCAGGACUUUGAUUCGCGGUGGGAGAACGUCAAGGAAUUGAUAUCCUACAGCGUCACUGUUGCCGAGGAACAAGAUCGGGCCAGCGAGAAUCGAGGAAAUAGAAACUCUGAGGACCUGGACGAUAUUGGCUUCCAGCGCCCUUCAACCGCCGUCGUCGAAGCCGUUGCCAACAAAACCUACGACGAGGAAAAGGCCAAGGAGGAGAAGAAGCUGCACCCUAUGUUUGCGCGAAGUAGGAGUAGAAGCGGUAGCUUGAGUGGGAGUCGAAGUGCUAGUGCGAGCAAAAAGACUGUGAAGACGAAGGAAGGGGAGGACGGGGUAGUGGAGCUGUUGGAUAGUGAGGAUGAGGAGGAUACCAAGCUAAAGCAGGGGCUGGAGAGUGUCAGCGAAGAGGUGGAGCCAAAGACGGUGGUGAAAAAAGAGAAGAAGGUUGGGAAUGUUGAAGAGGUCUCUGCCGACCUGGUGGAGGAGCUUGCCAAUGCCCCCGAGAAUCUCACGCCUUUGGCAUACUUUUUGCAAGUCUCGAUGUUGUCCACAGAUACCGAGUCUGAGGAACAGCAGGAGAACAGCGACACGCCCAGGGUCACCAUCACCACCGUGCACGCUGCCAAGGGAUUAGAAUGGCCGGUAGUCUUCAUUCCUGCUGGUGCGUUGUACACUCUGGUUUCUAUGGAUGUAUUGACCUCUGGCGUAGUCGAACAAGGAACGUUCCCUUCAUACCGAUGUACAGAGGAGCAUGAGAUAGCGGAAGAGCGUCGACUACUCUAUGUCGCUAUGACCAGGGCUCAAUGCUUCUUGACUCUCUCGCAUUGUAAUUUCAGAAUGAUGGGCGGGGAAGACAAGGAUAAACAGCUGAGCGAGUUUGUGAGCGAUGUUCAGCGCAAACUUCCCGGAACUUUUGUACAAGAUCUUCCAAAACCGGAUGUCGAGGCCAGAAAGCGCAUUUCGACGAUGUUGGAAAGGCCACUUAGCGAUGAGGCUGAUACAACCGCCAUGAUCAUGAAGCAUGUUCGUGCAGCGCCUCCGAUGAGCACCUGGGAUGCGCCGGAGUCUGACAACUGGGGAGGCAAGAUCAACCGCUUUGCUCGCCGCGAAGUCACCAAAGCUGCUCGUAGUGCGGAAUAUUGGGCUUCCGGGACCGACGAUUACGCUCUCCCUGGGUCCGCCGGCUCGUCCACGUCGGGCUUUCAAAGCGCUCGUUCAAGCAUGUCCCAAUCUCGCCCCCCGUUCUCGUCCGAGCCAAAAAAGGCGCCCCCUCGGCCAGUCAACAAUCUGUCUGCAAACAGAAACCUUCCGACUGCACUACCAUUCACGUUCAACACGACGCCACAGCAGAGCGAGGAGGCGUCGCUGGGGUCAUUUAUGAGUGGAUCGAACAAAGGGUUGGAGAUGAUGGCAGGUCUGGGCGGACUACCGCCUGCCGAGACGCCAGUAUCCGGAGCAAGAGCGGCGCCUGGUGCGCGAGGGACCAAGAGGCUAGGCAUGGGCCGACCUGCGCCUUGGGGUAGUAAGAAGGCUCGAGAGGAGUAA